CCUGUAUAGGUGUGGGGAGCCAGGCGGGAGCGGCGGCAGGGGCGGGGUGAGGGGGCUCGCGGGCGGCGGGAAUCCCUCCUUUCCUAAGAAUCGGAGAAGAUCCGGGGGAGGCCGGGCCCUCCCACCCCCAGUUCUCCGCCGAGCGGAGGGGAGGGGAGCGAGGUUGUCAUCCACCCCCACCGCAAUGUGCAGCUCGGGAGUUCCUCCCACACGUCCCCGGCCCGCGUGGCCCUCCCACGGAGUGAGGCCCGGGGAUCCUCUCUUCCUCCUUGUCAGCACUCCCACUCCCCCUGAGAAAUGCACGUUCCCCCAACCCCGACUCCCCGGGGGGGGGGGGCGGGGGGGACACGGGAUUCACCGCGCCCACACGGCCACCGAGGAGGGAAUCCUCCCACGCCAAGCCGGUGCCGGUGUGAUUCGGGGUCGCUCCCCCACGCUCCCUUUCUCUCCUCCCGCUCUCCCGCGGCCCGGCCGGAGCAGGCCUUUGGUGAACGUAGCAGCCGCCCCCGGAAUCUGCUGCCGCUCCGGGAGGUGACAGCGUUCCGGGCGGCAAACUGGAGGCCCUUGACUGCGGGGCGCCGGCAGGCAGCAAAGGGGACAGCCCUGUGGAAGGCGAGGGGGAGGGUAGAGAGAGACUAGAGGAGGUGGUUCAGAGACUGUGGGUUCGGCAGGCUCCUGCUGCAACUCAGUGGCGGGCCCUUCGCAGGCAGCAAUAGACAGGGACUGUGCCUGGGCCUGCUGGGCCCUCCUGCCAUCCCGUGGCCAAAGGGGGUGUUUUGGAACCGUUAGAGAAUUAUCAGGGGUUUGGUGCACGUGUUUCCUGUUCCCUCAACUCCAUUCCUACUUCUCCACCACCCAAACCGCACAUCCUCGACCCCAAAAGUGCGGGUUUCUCGCCUCCCGCGCAGCCGCUCUGCAGCUACGAAGCUCGCGGCCACCGCGCUCAGCUAGGAGUCAGCGCAGGGUCAGGGGCCCGGGGAGCCGCGGGGUGUGGGCGGAGAAUCAGAGUGAGGGCAGCUCGAAAGUGAUCGGGAUGCUGGAUCAUCGAUCCCUGACACGCUGGAAUCCUCCUCAAAGGGACGCGCUCUCUUUCUCUCAGUCUCGGGCAGGGUCCUAGAUACGAGACUCUAAUGCGGCGGGAGCCGGGUCGAAGCGCACACCUUCCGGGUUCCCCAGAAGUUCCCAGGUUGCAAAGGGACCUCGCCCGGUGUUUCCAACUCCCCUUCUCCCUGCUUGGGGUGUUGGGGGCCACUUGCAAACAACUCCAUCCCACCGCCCUGCGCGGUAUCAGCGCGCUCUCCUAGAGCGCACCUAAAAUAAACACACUGGCGGCUAUUGCUUUUUCCACCCUGCGCUGCGCGCUUUACGCUUUGCGUUCAGUUGCUUCCCUCCUUCCUCUCUCCUCUCGAAUUUUCCUUCUUUCUUCUCUUCUAUUUCUCUCUUUCUCUCAUUUUUUUUAAGAUCCGCGAGCGUUGCGGGCGCCGCACGUUGGCUGCGGCCCGCUUCCUGCUUUCUAAUGUUCCAUUGUGAGGAGCUUCCAUUGUGACGUCGCGCCCCUUCGGCUGGGCUUUGUCUGUCCAUAUAUGGGCAGCUACGUCACGGAGCUUUCCCGGGGCUCAGAUAAAUAGGCUGGUGGAGUUCCCUGGCUGGGAGCUUUUGGGCAGCAGUGAGCUUGCUAGGAAGCGGCGGGGCUGGUGGUGGUGGUAGCAGCGGCAGCAGCAGCGGCAGAGGCGGCGGCGGCGGCAGUGGCGGCGGUGGCGGUGGCGGAUCGGGGGGCGGGGGGGCCGCCGGCGCGCAUCUGUUUGUGAGAUCAAUACUGAGGCCGCUUCCAACCCCUCGGGCCGAGAUUCCCCCAGCCCAGGCCCACCCCCACCCCCCGCACACGCCCCCCCCCCCAGCUUCUUUAAGGCACCAGCUGAGGCACCCAAGAGGAUUACCCCCCUUUGCCCUCUCUCCCACCCACCCCAAAAAGAGAAGAUCCCCUCCCCUGGCCCACCCCUUCCCCUCUUCCCUCCCCCUCCCCCCGAACUUUCCCUCUCGCAUGCUUUUCCCCUGCACCACGGAUCGCCUCUCCGAUGCCGCUUGCCUGGAAGCUGCGUUAGGAGCGAGCGGCGGCGGUGGCGGCGGUGGCGGCGGCGGCAGCUCGGGAGUGCUAUGACCGGCAAACUCGCCGAGAAGCUGCCGGUGACCAUGAGCAGUUUGCUAAACCAACUGCCUGACAAUCUGUACCCCGAGGAGAUCCCCAGCGCGCUCAACCUCUUCUCUGGCAGCAGCGACUCGGUAGCCCAUUACAAUCAGAUGGCUACAGAGAAUGUGAUGGACAUCGGUCUGACCAACGAGAAGCCCAACCCGGAACUCUCUUAUUCCGGCUCCUUCCAGCCAGCCCCCGGCAACAAGACCGUGACCUACUUGGGAAAGUUCGCCUUCGACUCCCCUUCCAACUGGUGUCAGGACAACAUCAUUAGCCUCAUGAGCGCCGGCAUCUUGGGAGUGCCCCCGGCCUCAGGGGCACUCAGCACGCAGACCUCCACGGCCAGCAUGGUGCAGCCACCGCAGGGCGACGUGGAGGCCAUGUAUCCGGCGCUGCCCCCCUAUUCUAACUGCAGUGAUCUCUACUCGGAGCCUGUGUCUUUCCACGAUCCCCAGGGCAACCCUGGGCUCGCCUAUUCCCCCCAGGAUUACCAAUCGGCCAAGCCGGCCUUGGACAGCAACCUCUUCCCCAUGAUUCCUGACUACAACCUAUACCACCAUCCCAACGACAUGGGCUCCAUUCCGGAGCACAAGCCCUUCCAGGGCAUGGACCCCAUCCGGGUCAAUCCGCCCCCUAUUACCCCUCUGGAGACCAUCAAGGCAUUCAAAGACAAGCAGAUACACCCGGGCUUUGGCAGCCUGCCCCAGCCGCCGCUCACGCUCAAGCCCAUCCGGCCCCGCAAGUAUCCCAACCGACCCAGCAAGACCCCGCUCCACGAGCGGCCCCACGCGUGCCCGGCGGAGGGCUGCGACCGCCGUUUCAGCCGCUCGGACGAGCUGACCCGGCACCUGCGCAUCCACACGGGCCACAAGCCCUUCCAAUGCCGGAUUUGCAUGAGGAGCUUCAGUCGCAGCGACCACCUUACCACUCACAUCCGCACGCAUACAGGCGAGAAGCCCUUUGCCUGCGAGUUCUGCGGGCGCAAGUUUGCGCGCAGCGACGAGCGCAAGCGCCACGCCAAGAUCCACCUCAAGCAAAAGGAGAAGAAGGCGGAGAAGGGGGGUGCGCCCUCUGCGUCCUCGGCGCCCCCCGUGUCCCUGGCCCCUGUGGUCACCACCUGCGCCUGAGGCUUCGGCCCCCAGAUCCCCACUUUUCCCCUCCAGUGUCUCCCAGCUGCUCGCCUGAAAGCAGCGGGAAAGCUAGCCACGGAGGCGCAGGGGCCGCGCCCUGGCCUCUCCAUGGACGUAAGGUCCCUUGUUCCCCUUCGAUGUCCCCCGUUUCCACCCUUUCACACCGGCCAACGGUCGGGGGCCAGGGCAGGAGGCGCCCUCCCUUCGCUGCCCCCCCCCCCAACCAAGGCGUGGGGGCGGAAAGGUGGCGUCUAGCCCGCUUUGUUCAGUUCGGAUCGUCUUGAUCCUGGGGCCGCUGGGCCGCGCCAAGGACCUGCGGGGGACUGAAGGCGGGGCCCGUCCAAGCCUCGCCCGACCCAAGCACCUCACGGUUCCCCCCACGUCUCCCUCGGUUCCCCCUCGAAGACCCGAGAGGGGAGGGGGUAAGGAGCGCACCAAAGCGCAGAGCUUGCUGCCCGCCGCACGCACGCGCGCCUGCGUGCGGGGAUGCGCGCGAGUGUGCGUGCUCGCGUGAGUGUUCUGUGUGUGCGUGUGUGUGUGCGCGCGCGCGCACACACGUGUGUGUGUGUGUGUGUGUGUGUGUGUGUGUGUGUGACUCUUGAGCUGAGCUGGGCUGUGUCCACCCCAAACUCUUCCCCACAUCGGGUCCCCAGGCCGCUGGGGGAAUGUCCCAGGUUGGGGGCCUGCACGUGGCCUGAUGAGACGGUCUUCCAUCUGCUCGGAAAUAAUGUUUCUUACAGAAAUGCCUCGGAUGCCGCCGCCGCGGUGCUGCUACCGCCGUUUAGGGUUUGGCCUCUCAGCACCCCUCCUUUUCCGAGCGCUUCCCUCUUAGGCCUCAGGGCAGUUUGAUCUGCGGGGAGAAGGAGCGGCCAUCACUAAGCCUGCCUUUUAACCAACAGAUUUCCUCAACCCCACUUUUUAAACUCUACGUUCCUGAGUUUGCCCUCUGCCCUUUCUCCCGCUCCACUCCCUUCUCUCUAAGCCUUCUCCCAUCUCUUUCAAAAUCUUCUUCCGGAAAGGCAGGCCUCAACCAGCCACCUUUUACCAUCUUUUUGUUUUCUCUCACUCAUACCCAUUUCUCCCCCCCCCCCCCCCCCGCCCACUGAUGGGAAAGCAGGCUCGUGUUUCAUCCUUUGCCAUCCCCAACACAACAGGUAGAAUUCAGAUCUAUGUACUUGGGGUGUGUGUGUAUGUAUGUAGGUGUAUAUACACACAUAUAUACAUAUAUGCAACAUACAUACACACAAUAAAAUCUCUAAGGUACUCGGCUAUCCAGUGCAGUGCACCGGCAUAAAGAGAAUUUGUAGGUAUAUAAGCUUUAAAUGAUUUAUUUUUUAUGAAAAACGUAACUGAUGAGAUUGUAUCUACAUAGGUGUGUGUAUGUAUACAUGCACAUAUAUAUGUAUGUAUGUAUACCCACAUAUACACACAUGCACUCAUCUCUGUCCAAAUUUUCCUCAAAGAUAUGGGUAUUUUUGCAUUAAUCCAUAUUGCUGAAUGAGGCAUAUCUUUUCCAUACCACAGUCUCACCUACUCCCCGCCCUACCUCACCUCUUCUCAGGCACCCCCUCCUCCCCAGCACUUCCCCCCACACAGGGGUGACUCUUUUGGAGUAGUAGGGAAGGUUGCUCUCUGACACAGCUUCCAGCACAGUCUUGACUGAAUGUACUGUUCCCUCUUAGCGUGUGGUCACUGAGCUGCCCAGAGAGAAGGAACAAAGGUCUGGAGUUUACAGAAUGUCUGUUUUUAAAGUCACUUUAUGCGUUUCCCACUUUUUUUUUUUUUAAGAAAAAAAAAAAGCACCGGGUUUUUGUUUUGUUUUGUUUUGUUUGUUUUUUGGGUUUGUUUUUGUUUUUUUGGUUUUUGUUUUCUUUGGUGGUGGAUAAAUAAUACUAAAAGGAGUCUAGUGAAAGGGACAAAAAAAAAAAUCAAAGAGCAGGGGGCUUGUGAAUUUCCAGGUACUUGGACUUUUUGUAGAAGGAAAGAGAAGAGGACGAAGUUUGCCAGGAGGGCCCAUAUUUUUUCAGCUGAAGGGUAAAAUCUUUCUUUGCAGAGACAGUAUUUUGCUGAAUACUUUUUAUAAUGUGAUGAUUAUUAAAAACAAAAUUUUUGGUCACUUCAAAGCUGGAAGGAGGAAUCAAAUAUCCUUUAAUAUUUUUUCCUUGCUCCUUCUGGUUUAUGCAUGCCACUGCAUGAUCAUCUGAGUUUUCCUUUGUUUUAAUAAAACUGUUCUCAGACAUUUAAGCUUAAACUAAGAGAAAAAUAACUUUGUUGCCAAAAGGUUGUGCUAUCCAGAUUUUUUAUAUGUCUGCAUGUUUUAAAAAACAACAAAAGAAAAUGCACUCUAACUUAUGUGAACUGAGAGAAAAAAAAUCAGGUUUUAAACAGGAAAACCUAUGGGGAAUGAUAUUUUUUGAAAGACUUUUGUAUAAAGUUGAGUACUUAGAAAAAGACAAACCAGAUGUAAUAUAUUUUGUGGAUGUUUUUAUUUCUUGGAUUUAUAGUACCUUAUACUAAGGUUAACAAAAUAUGCUUGAUAUUGUGAAAAGGUGAAAUUCUUCACCAAUAUUUCAUUUGCUCCUUUGUCACAUUGUUAUGCCAAUAUAAUAUAGUUAAUGAAAACAGCAUUUUUAAAAACCGAAAUAUUGAAAUGGUGUAAUGUUGUACCAUUUGCACUGUGAGCAAAUGCUAAUACAGUAAAUAUAUUGUGUUUGCUGACAAUCAGCCGGCCUAUAAAUCUCCUUAUUUUAUUUCUUGUUUUCAUAGUAUAAAGUUUUGGUUUGGCCUGUUUUUUGUCUCGUUUUGUUUUUGGCUGAUGGUUGGCUCGGUAGCUUCCUAUGCCUGGUUUUGCUGUGAUUGCUCUGUAAAUUCAAUGUAAAACAAGGAAUUUGGCAAUGUUAGAAGUUGGUCAGAA